AUGAUUGCGGACGGUAUUCAAAUGGUGGGUUUGACCCUUUGGAUUGGGGCUUCUGGGAUCAGCUAUGUCGAGAUACCAGCCUGGGCUGAAUGGGCGGCUUCUGUGUCCCCGAGAUCUCAGGCAAUCCAGAGAUCUGCCCAAACUAAUAGCACCUCCUCCGAUGGCGAGUGGCGCACUGCCACCGAUGCCUGCGAGAAAACGAAAAGCAAGGAGUUGAGACUUUAUUUGGACGAAGCCACAUCCCAUAUUCUAAGCUAA